CUCCUGCCAUCAUGUCCUCGUCCUCCCCAACCCUCACCAAUGUUUUCGUCCCCGACAUUAGAAAGUUCUAAACGCGCCCAUUAGACGCGACGCGCAAGUCAUGUGAAUAGCACGUUCGCGUCGCGUCGGCGGCGACUUGCGGAGGGCCUUGGACGACGAUCGCGCCCCUACCACCGCGAAGGACGGAAAAUCCCCCAAGUCUCGCCUCUCUGACGUACCGAAACGAGCGACUGUCUUGGUCUACCCAGAGACGGAAUUAAUUUCCCAAUUCAUACCCGAACGGAUCGUCCGCGACGGAGGGGAUGGUCAACCGAAGCCGACCAUCGAGCUCUCGCAUAUCUCAAGACGCUGCCCGCCCUGUACCCGCUGCUAUAGAGGGUUCGCGCAUUCCCCCUCCCGACUUUGGGGUUCCUCAAGAAGCAUCGACGGAGUCCGUUGGCGGAGGGACGCAGUCAUCGACAUGGGAGGGGGACGAUGAAUUCAGAUCCCUGCUACAGCAUUUACCGUCUACGCAAGACACGGCGCCUAAUUCUCAAGCGACCGAUCCCCCGGACUCCGCGCAAGGCUCACUCGCAUCCUUGGAAGUCCUUGGAAAGCGGAAGGCAAUAAGCGGUAGUCCACAGCGUCCCGCCAAAGUUCCGCGACUGGACAGCGAAUACAAUGUCUUCCUCGACGCCCGACCUCAAGCUGGGAAUCCGCAUGCGCCCUUCAUCGUGUCAUCCGACGAGCGACUGGAGAGCAUCCUACGCAAGAAGGGAGUACCGUACGGAAGUCAAUGGGAGGUGGCGCACCUGUUAUCGACGGGGAAGUUGAAGUCCCAUGAGAUUGAGAUUGAACGUCUGGUCGAGCUAGGGAAGUAUACGAGCAACGCCCAGGCUGUGCCUGUCACCGCGCAAAUAUUGUCGAAGAAGGCAUUGGACCCAGAUAUGAAUGUGCGAUGCAGACUAUCACCAGAGGCAGCCUCGAAGCUACCGUACGCAGAACAAGACAAGGAAGAGACCAUGCUAGCCAAAGACCCAUACGCUGGCCUGGGCUUCCAUGAAGACGACCCCAACUGGUUUGGCGGCAAAAUCCACUACACCGCACGCAUCGAGCCGUCCGACUCAGGCUCACGGUACAGUCCAUUCAAGGUCACCCUCCGCAGGCCGGAGCUCGGCGUCUCCUCGCAGUUCUAUAGGCGCUAUGGCUCUUCGUCCUUCCUGACUGUGAAGUUAGCAAAGGCGGUCUCCAGUGAUCGUGGAUACGGCGACGCGAUCGAGGCUUUUGUGAGGCGGCCGCUUGUAAUACUGGGAAGGGUAUUCCGCGCUGUGCGCCGGGUUGACGACUCUUUCAUAUACUUCCGGACGAACGAAGUGUGCGUAGGGGACAAGAUUUCACCCGAUGAAGUUGUCCCCAGCGCACCGUCAUUGUGGGACUUCCUCAAUGCGCAAAAUCCUCUACGGCUCAACACGGCGCAGACGAUGGGCAAAUGGUCGACGAGACUUGCGCUAGGUUUCUCGACGUCCGUGCCCGGAUGUUUGGUGGACAAGGGCAAUGUGCUGUCGGAGAAUAAUGUGGUGUCCGCUGAGGGGUCUGAUUUGACCGACGGCGCUGGGUUCAUGAACAAGGCCGCCGCCAGAGCUCUACGUGAUGCAGCCGGCUGCCAUGAUAUACCGUCUGCUGUGCAGAUGCGCAUUGACGGUGCGAAGGGACUUCUCAUCCUAUACCCCGAGGACGAUUCGGAGGAGCCUCGCGUUUGGCUUCGACCCUCGCAAAAGAAGAUACAAUAUGCAGAGGACGAACCGCAGGACCAAUCUACCCUCAUUAUCAACCUCCUCCGAACCUCCAAGACCAAGCCCAUCUGCCGCCUGUCCGUCGAAGCCAUCAUCAUUAUGGCCGAGAACCGCGUUCAUUGCGACAUCUUUAAGGCCCUGUUUGAGCAGAGCGUGGAGAACACCUAUGAGUCGCUCUUGCCAAGCCACUGGGAUGGCGAGAACGCGAUGGAGCAGUUAUACGCGAAGGUGAACUCCCUAGGGGGUGUGAAUGCUGCCCGCGCAGCGCGCAAGGACGUCCAGCGCGCGCGGCUUCAUGGGCAUGUGGACCACUUCUUCGACACCAAAGACACCGAUUCGGACGCAGAGGAGGUAGAGGCAGAUAUCGACGCCGACCCUGCCCCAUACGCCAUCGCCGGCUGGGAAGACCCCGCGAGCGGCUGCCCCGCGACGCCCGCGGAGAUCGUCUGCACGAUGCUCCAGGCGGGCUUCCAGCCGCAGACGUGCGAGUUCCUGCGGGCGAAGCUCGAGUGGUUGACGAAGCGGGUUGCGCAGAGGUCGAUCAAGCAGAUGCGGAUUGAUGUCGCGCAUUCGUUUUCGGCGUGGAUUGUGCCGGAUCCGACGGGGAGGCUGCAGCCGGGACAAAUGUACUUCAAGAGCUCGUCGCGCGAUCUGGUUGGGUUGGAUGGGACGCCCACUGAUCAGGUCCUCGGGGAUGCGCUUAUCACUCGCAACCCUUGCAAGCUACCCACGGAUGUGCAGAAGUGGACGUUCGUUGAUGAACCUCAAUUGCGGCACCUGUUCGACGUUAUUGUACUGCCUAUCAAUGGGCCUCGACGUCCUGCAGACUAUCUUGGCGGAGGCGACUACGACGGCGACAAGGGCACUGUAUACUACGAUCCGCAAAUGGUUCAGCAGUUCCGGAACGCAGGCUUGCGCUACGCCGACGAGCCCGAGUCGGUGGCGAGUUCUUUCGACUCUGACGUCGAGAAGGUCGGCGCGUUUCUUGAGCGGACGUCGAGCCUGGCACCCAACGAGCAGCUGGUUGAGCUGCAGAAGUUCUUGCUCCCGCGUCCGCACUUUGCGGUGUCGACGUACUCCAAGUUGCAUCUAUAUUCCACUAUCAAGUAUGGCGCACGGGCUCGCGAUAGCGUUCGCUUUGCAUACAUGUUUACAAAAUCCUUAGACGGACCCAAAGUCGGCGUGACCGUCAAACCCGCCGCCUUCACCAAGGACAGCAGCGACCGCCGCUGGGCAUGCCGCAUGCCGGACUGGAAGGUCGCCAUCGACGGCAAGGACGAGGAGAACAACAACAACCCGCGCUGCACGCGACCUAAGGAGACGGCGAACAAGUGCGGGCCCUUCGUGAUGGAGUCGCUCUAUGCGUUUUCGCAGGAGCUCGAUAGGACGCGCAUCAAGCAGAUCGAGGACGCGUUCAGCGACCCGGCGCUGCCGAGACCGAAAGUAGAUGAGGACCUGACGGCGCCGUGGCGGGAGGCGAAUGAGCGGGCGGGGCGGAUGCGGGCUGCGAGCGGGAGCGCGUUGAUGGAGGAGGAGCUUCAGCGGAUUCGGAAGCACGUCGAGGAGCUGUAUGAGGAGUACCGCGAGGUCGUAAGCGCACACGGCUCCCCGCGGAAGCAACGGUCGCCCCGCAAGUCAACCUCUCCGCGUAAGGAGGGUCCCUUUCUGUUCUCGGACCUGCCUCAAGCAGAACAGCGGCGUCGUAUGCGCGCGCUGUCGACGAAGUAUGGCUCUGGGCCGCGGGACCUGUUGACGCUGGGAAAUGAAGAAAUUUCGAGGGUGCGCGCCAGCUAUGCGUAUCUGUAUGAUUGCGACCAGGCGAAGAGCCACGGACGACGCUUGUCGCCCUUUCCUUGGAAUGUAGCCAUGACGGCGCUUUGUGAUAUCAAGGCGAAGGCGAGAGGGCCGACGUCCUUCGUUAUCAUUACCACCGACUUUGCAGAUAACAUGCGGAUGAGGAGGUUUCCGAGCCAGUGAGGCUCGUGUACUUUGGAUUGGUUUAGUUACGAGUGCUCUUGGAUACUGCCUUGGAUUUUUGCAUACUUCCUUCUCACUUUGCAUCUUGGAUACCCGGUACCCAGUAUUGAACAAACCCAAUGUAUAUUUUUCGUGUCUGCCUUGCCGGAGUAGCUUGACCGAGCGCAGUAACCACAUAACGG